UUCCCGCUCAGAACGCACUUACGCACACACCGACACGAUACGUAACCGACACAUUUUAAAUGACACAAUCGGCUCACUGGCACGGUUAGCUCCGGUUUAGCUUUUCCCUCGCAAAAUUUUCUACGCUUAAAUUAUCGUACUUCCAGUGAUUGUAGCAUCCCGCCGCUAGCUUUCAGUGAGGCGGUUUGUGCCGGUGUACCUAUCGCCGACGGUAAGUUGGGGCCAGUGGACGUGUGUGUACCGAAAAACCCCUCGAUUUGCCGGUUGCGCUCGAUGACUCCAGAGCUCGGUGAGAAAACGACGAGUGCGGACGGCCAUUUUGAACGGCGGCUCACUCGUUCUUUGUUCCACGGGAUUCCACUAUAGUGAGCGGAAGGCUCACAUUGCAUGCGAGCUCUGUGGGGUGUCGUGUCGUUGUGGGUAAAGUGUGUAGCACAGGCACAACACUGCAGUUGCCGUUUGGGGUUGAGUGUUUGAGUGCGUGGCAGAAUAUCAGUCGGAUUUUUUUUGUGAAAAGUGAAACAACAGUGAAUUAUAGUGAGAGUGAUAACUGUAUCAGCGAGUGAGAAGAAAAAUUCCGCCAAAAGUCUCAUCGAGCGAGACGACCGGACGACACCAACACAACAUCGCACUCACUCGUCUCGACGUAAGCGAGUUCGAGUGUGUGCGUGUGGAGUAGAGAGCGAGAGAGAAAAGCGACGGCGAAUCGUGUACAACUCACACCGAAGGGUACGUCUGGAGUAGGUACGAACACGCACCGACGUUUAUUAACUGUCGAGAGCGCGCGCAGAACGUUCGCAACAACACGGUGCAGCAGCGCGCGAACGAAAGAACUAUCCGGUAAAAGAAACAGGAGCACCGUUAAGAAGAGGGAAAACCCUUUUCCUUCCUGUUUUGUUUAUAUCGCCGCCUGCCAUUUCGGUGUGUUGUUUUUAUUCUACGUUUCUUCGUGUGUGCACGCGUUUCCUGGAACCGGCAAGCCCAUGGUUAUGGAUGUGUGAAUUGUUGUGUCUCCGUUUCCGGCUGUAACGAGCAUUUAUUUCGACCGCCUUUUCCGGUGCUUACGGUUUUGGGUAAUCGUACUAUGCGUACUACCGUGACACGACCAGAAUUGCUCAGUGAACCAACAGCUAUGGGUAGAACAGUUCGCUAGCCUCGGUGAAUUCGAUUCUAUCUACUGUGCACGGAUUUAUCCCUUCAGCGCGCGCUAACCGGUGUGUCAUCGCCCUGCGUGUGUGUGUGCUAAAGUGUGUUCUGCAGCAGUCGCGCGGAUCUAAGAUACAAACCACCGGCAAAAGAAUUUACUACCAGAAACGAGUGAGUUUGUGUGCGUAUUGUUGUUAUUACCGCGAGACAGAAAAAAAAAGGCUCCAAAAUGUAUGACCUGGACGACACAACAACGGGAUUCCACGACGCGCUGAGCAAAUACACUACCCCAAUGUCGGACCUCUACAUCACCGACUCGAUGCAGGACAUGCUCGACAUCGACAUCAAAUCGGAAGUGACGACAGUGGUGGGCGGCGUGAACGAGUUCGUCUCGCUGAUGAACUACGAUCUGCCCUCGCUCGAGCUGGACUCAAGCUCGCUUGAUAGCGACAGCUUCUUCAGCAGCACCCUCGGCAUGGCCAGCAACGACCUGUACCCGGAUGUGGGAACCUGCGCCAACCCAAACUACGUGAUGCCCGUCCUAUCGUCCACCGCGGUACCGUUCGCCAACGGUAGCGUACUAUCGUCCUCGUCCGCCUCCUCCACCUCAUCGUCCUCCACGCUGAAUGCGCUGGUGGCGGCCCAAUCGCUGCUCAAGUCACCGAAGCAAAACAUUAACCUCAACACAACGGUGCACGGUGGUGCGGGAACGAACCCAACCCUACCGAGCCCGAAGGAAAGGAAAAGCCAUCUUACCUUCUCACCGAACACGAUCAAGGUGUCAACGGUGCAGGAACCGAAAAAGAUCUCCAGCCUGGCACAGAUCACCCGCGUGAGUCAUCCGGGCGGUGGUACCAUCUCCUGCACGUCGCUCGCACCCUCCACCCCGGUGGAGAACGUGCGCAAGGAUCUGAGCUCGCAGAUGACGACGGUGAAGGAGGAAACGAUCAUCGUACGGAAUGGCGGUGUGGUGAAGAGUGCUAGCGAUCACUUUAUCGCCAGCGGCAAUAAUGUGACCAUCGGCGAAACGACGGUAGUACACCGGACGUCUUCAUCCGGAUCGCCGGGACUGGGCGUUGGGCUCGGAAAGGGAAAUACCGUCAAAUUGGCCCACGGUAUCGGUGCACUCACGUUCGCCAACAGCGUGCAGUACAAGAACGUCAAGAGCGUACAGAAGGUAGGCAGCAACGGGAUUGGGCUUGGCAGCGGUGGUGCUUCCAGCCCGAAAGCUUUCAAUCGUAGCCUGAUCAUGGAACAGUCGGGCGGGGGUAAACCAACCAGCGGCAUGGUCACCAUAACGCACGGUGGCAACGGUUCUCCAACGACAAUGAUCGCAAGACAGAUGCAGCGAGCAAUGACACCGACCGGACCGAAACCGAAACCGACCAAGGGUGGUGGUGGUGCGCAGGGAGGUGGAGCAGGAGGCGAGAGCGAGUUCCCCAAACCGGCCUACUCCUACUCGUGCCUGAUUGCGAUGGCACUGAAAAACUCGCGCUCCGGUUCGCUGCCCGUGUCCGAGAUCUAUAGCUUCAUGUGCGAACACUUCCCGUACUUCAAGACGGCACCGACCGGCUGGAAGAACUCCGUCCGGCACAACCUCUCGCUGAACAAGUGUUUCGAGAAGAUCGAAAAGCCGGCCGUAAAUGGUGGCCAGCGCAAGGGAUGUUUGUGGGCGAUGAAUCCGGCGAAGAUACUGAAGAUGGACGAGGAGGUACAGAAGUGGUCGCGCAAGGAUCCGCUCGCGAUCCGGAGGGCGAUGGUGCAUCCCGAACAUCUGGAAGCGCUCGAGCGGGGCGAGAUGAAGCACGGCUCGACGGGUGAGGACGAUGUGGACGUGGAGGAAGAUCUCGAGAGUGACGGUGGUCCGUCGGACGUGGACGCGGAAGAGGUGGACGAGGAGCCGGUGGAUGCGGAAGAGGAGGACGAGGAGGAGGAAGGGGAGGAGGAGGACGAAGCCGACGAUGUGGAGCUGAUCGAGCAGCAGCACGAAACGAUCGAUGUGGAUGCGGAAAGCUUCAUCAUCAACACGCCGGAAUCGUUGAUCGAUGGUGACGAGGACGGUGGCGAACCGGGUGAUUUCGAACUGGAGGUUCCAGAGUUUUAUGAAAACAUCAACGUAGAUUCGAAGGACAGUACGCUUGCGCUCGAAUUCACCCAGCAGGAUCUUCUGUCGCUGGAAGAUGAAGAUGAGUCGCUGUACAUUAACCAGCUACAGCAACAACAGACCCGGCUUGGCGGGAUUAUCACCGUGUCCCAGCAGCAGCAACAGCAACAAACGCUUCAACAGCAGCAACAAACACAGCUAAUCCAGCAAACGCAAAUCCUGAACCACCAUCACCACAACCACCGGCAGCAGCAGCACCAGCAACCUCCGGCGAAACGUGCCCGGCUCGACGUCAACUAUUCCAUUUCGCCAUCCGCCAACGGUACCGGCCUAGUGAACGUCAUCUCUAGCCGGCAACCGACGAUAGUGCAGGGCAGUGGCAACAAUUCCGUCACCGUAACGCCCGUCAACGGUGGCACCGUGAUGGGGUUGAGCUUUCAGCAACACUUUCAGCAGCAGCAGCAACUCCGCCAGCAGCAGCAGCAAGGAACGAUCCGGCGAAAGGUACCGAUCAUUACCCGGUUGGCCUAAGCGAACCCUCCGUUACUUUGGGCACCUGAAACGCCUCUACCCCCCAACUCUCUCGGGUAAGUUUCGGCAUUCAAGUUGAAUGUGUUGAUCUUUUGGUUGAUUUCGGUAUGUGAGACCGAAAGAUGGUUCGUUUUUUUUUUAAGUUAAACAUUUAGUUUGUACAAAUAUGGCGACAAAAUAGGGAAGAGAAUAGAAACUACUCAUUUAUUAAUAUCUUGCUUUAAAAAGAAAACCCCCCGAGAGUAGUCGUCCCUUUCUUAGCAUGUGAUCGUCCUUGAUUGGGCUUCUACCACGAAGGGGGGAUGCACACACUACUCUAUACCUGUACAGUAGCAAUAGUAUUAGUUAGGAGCUAGAAGAAGCAACAAACAGGGAGGAGAUCAACUCAAAUGGACCUCCAUUCCAAUCGGUCUCGCGAGAGAUUUUUUAUACACAGUUUUGUAUAUUCAAUUGAACGAAACACAAUCCGUUAAAAGUAUUGCACGGGACUGGAUGAAAUCAAACAAUAAAAGCAAAACAAUCUAAUCCACUGCCAUGUCGAGCGUGUGUGAGGCCAUCACGCAGGAGAGCAAAUGGUUUUUGGGGAGAAUUUAAAAGCAAUAGACUUGAAAGUUCAAUAUGAAAGCAAUCGCACACCAAUACAUUAUUGUACAACAGAUAGUGAGCCACACAAUAGAGGAGAAUCUUUAAGGAAUGUGAAGGUGAUCGUUGAAUGAUAAUCCAUAAAAAGUAUACAGAAGCUCACCUACAACAAAGAACACAGGAUCUACUCAUUGCCAAGGACGGCAAAGACACGUUUCGAUUACUGCGCUCAGUUCUGUAAGGAUUAAGUUUCCGUUCAGGACUGAGUUCACUAAUCGAUUUGAGGCAAGAUUCUUAUAACCUUGUUCGAGAAAGACGAUCAUCUAACGUAUGCAUUCAAAGAGAUAGACUAAUGUUAAGGAUUUUUUAGGACAAUAGUUUAGGAGCAAUCCUCUAUCGGAUGACCUUAUCUAAUCUAAUGACCGUUGUCGGAAUCGAUUAUUUUGAUGAUAACUGAAUCCGAAACUCAAUUCCGGAUUCGAUUCCAGAUUCGAUUCCGGACCCGGUUCCAGAUCAAAUUUCGGAUCCGAUUCCUGAUCUGAUUCCGGAUACGAUUCCGAUUCCGGAUCUGACUCUGAAAUUGAUUCCGGGCCUAGCCUUCGGAUUCGAUUCCGACCAAACCAUCAUUUUACUAAUCCAAUGAGUCCAAAGUUAGUCUAUUUUUUCGAAUGCAAACGUUAUGAGGUGUGAGAUUGAUUAUCCGUAAAACGCAUCCAACUACACAACACCCCCUAUACAAAUCGCGUAUACCUGAUCACAGAAAGAGAUAAACACAUGUACGUACAAUCGCGCGCUUUAGUUUUGUUGUUAAAUAUGAGUGUUUUCUUUAAUAACGGAUAAGAGUAAGAGCUAGGUGGAGAAGUUGAAUUCGUUUUCCCAAUGACACCAAUGUCGGUGGUGUGAGGACGGUCUAUAGAUCUAGAUGCAAAAUUGCCAGAACAGUAUUUACCAAACGACGAUGUGUGGGACGGAUUGAUUGUACAGUUCAAUUUUUUUGUGUGUGCAACCCAGGGACUAAGAGCGAAUGGUUCAGUAGAUAGUGAGGGGAGUUUGUUGUUGUUUGAUGGGUGUCCUUUUUUCCCUGUUGCUGUUGAGUGAGAGCUCAUCCAAACGGCCAAACGAACUCUCUUUCAUAAAACCAUUGAAGAAGACAAAGGAAAGCUCGGUUUAAAAAUUGAAGUGUACAAAAUCAAUCAAUGAUGCAAAACGAGGUACAUUAACGGAAGAGAUCUCUUCAGUGAAAGUUGGCGCGAGGAGCUGUAAGGUUAAGGAUUUUAAAAACGAACAAACAUAUACUAUAUCAGGCGCGCAAAAGCAGUUGUGUCGAACGAGAACACACCUCAAAAGCAGUACAAAGUUUCGGUUUAAGGUUUGUGCAAGGGCGGGCCUCUAACACUCGCGUUCUCUGAAGCACACGCGGAUAAAGCAUCAAUCAUCAACUCUGCUGCUAAGGCUAAGGCUAAGGUUCUGGUUGGUGGAAUGCUUUCUCGUGCCGUGUCCUUUAGAGCGCUCGGGCUAGGGUUAAAUAUUUUAUUACUAUUAUUUUAGAGCUUUUUACAACAAAAUCAAUGAAAUGCAUAGGGGGAUGAACCAAACCGGGUUUGGUUUCUCUGAGGCUGCGUGCCCUUAUUUUUUUAUUUUUUUUUCGUUCUUUAACAAUUUACUGUACAGUACAACAAUGACCUGCGUAACAUUAUACUGGCACCGGAAAUAGAGAUAAAGGCACAGAGUAUACACUAAGAUUGAUGGAAGGUUACUACCACCCAAAACAAUCCACAAAUAAGAGCGUUACUACAGCAUUACCUUAACUCUUCUACAAAACGAAAAGGACGAAGAAAGAUGUGAUCAGGAUGCAUCAAACUAAUAUAAGAGAGGAUUGGGCCUCGAAGAGAGAGAGAGAGCUACUGUAAGAUGUAUUAUAUUAUUUUAGUGUAAGAAUUUGUAUCCGUGCAGCAAUCAGCAGCUGCAGAGAAAGCAAAGUAGGGACAGCGGGAGGAAGCGGACAUUUUUGUAUCAAAAAUAAUGUACUUUCUUAUUAAGGUGAUAAUACUGCUGAGGAGGGGAGAGAAAGUGGGCGAAAGAAAAAAAAAACAUUAAAAAAA